AUGCUGACGAAAGUGCUCGUGCUCUGCCUCCUGCUCGCCAUCGCCUUUGCCUUCACUGAGCAUCAGGAACAGGCCGGGCUUGACCAGGAGCGCGAUCAGCGAUCCGCUGAAUUCGCCGAUGGAGAGAAGACGCUGAUCCGUAAUCGCCGUCAAUGGGGAUGGGGUGGCAUGGGAUACGGAAUGGGCAUGUACCGCCCGUACGGCAUGAUGGGCAUGUACCGCCCGUGGGGAAUCCUAGUCCACGCGGCGGCUGAGUCUAACAAUGCCCAAGCUACGCCAUUAAAAUUCUUCUUUCUAAAUGGCAACAAGAAAACGUCGAUGAUUGGGAAUGAUCUGCUCGCCAUCGGGCUCGCCUCGAUUCACCACGAAAAGACGUGCCCGGAAUUGACGGGCCGGGUCACUGGCACGGCAAUUAAAGUCAUCGAUAUCAUGAAAAGCGCGACGGAACUCUGGGAAACGUUACGAAUCGGGAUUGCCGAAGUGACGACAACCGAUUUCAAAGCGAUCUCAAUCUGGAUUUCCGGCCCCACCCCACUCAAAAGCGAGAAGCUUUUCCUGGAGCUCGACACGCAGGGCCUGGGCGGUCUUCCAGCCUCCUGCCACGGGCACGGGAUGCAGGUUGCGGAUUAUGUCGACAGAGCCUGGAAGCAGACUCGGGAUGCAUUGACGACCAAGCUAAAAGAGCUCGCCAAGACACACCAGGAUGGCUACGAUCUGGUGCUGCAAGGACACUCAAUUGGGGGUUGCCUUGCCCAACUCUUUGCCGUCUGGGCGGUCGAGCAAAAAAUCUGGCCGAACAAGAAUGUGCACACCGCAUUGGGGGUGGCGGUCAGGUUCUACGAGCUGGGUGAUGUCGAAAUGGAGCAUCCCCCGCUGAACGGGGAAUAUAAGGAAGUGACGCCCAUCUACCAAGCAACUCCGGCAGGGUAUUAUCAUUCUGGGAAAGCGGCCAUCAUCGACCAGCUCGGCUACACCAAUACAUAUUGUGAUGAAGAAGACGCUCUUUGUGCUCAAAAGGUAAAAGACGACGGCGGGAACCCGCAUCGUUUCGAGGGUCGCGGGAAGGUACUUUCGGGGGAAGACUGCUUCGUCAAGAAG